AAUGACACCAUAGCUGCAAUUAGGAGGGAGAAUAAUGUUGUACCCCCAAAUAAUGUUAGACCCCAAGUUAGAAGGAAUGUACCCCAUAUCCCUUUUGUAAAUCCUGAAUAUGAUAAUGAUGAUUUUGAUGUUGAAUUUAAUCUAGAAAGAAGAGAUAGGAGGGGACAAAGAGGUAGAGUAGAAGAUGAUAAUAUAAAUAGUAUAAAGAUGAAGAUGCCAUCUUUCAAGGGGACAAGGGAUCCAGACUUGUACCUUGAUUGGGAGAGACGAGUUGAAGCCAUCUUUGAUUGCCAUAACUACUCUGAGGGUAAGAAAGUUAAACUUGCUGUUGUUGAGUUUUCUGAUUAUGCUGCUUCUUGGUGGAAAAAGCUUGCUAGGGACAGAUUGCAAGAGGAGCUACCACCUAUUGCUACGUGGGCAGAGAUGAAGAGGGUAAUGAGAAAGCGAUUUAUUCCAUCAUACUUCCAAAGAGAUCUACAAUCUCGCCUUCAACGCUUGAAGCAAGGCUCCAUGUCGGUGGAUGAGUACUUCAAAAGCAUGGAUAUGGCUAUGAUCCAAGCUAACUGCAUGGAGGAAGAAGAGGCUACAAUAGCUAGAUUUUUAAAUGGUUUAAAUACAGAAAUAGCUAAUGUAGUAGAGAUACAACAAUAUGUAACUUUAGAUGAGUUAGUUGAUUUGUCUGUAAAAGUUGAAAAACAAAUUGAGAAAAAGCAGCAAAAUAACUCAUGGAGAAGUCGACCAAACACUAUCUCUAAGAAGCCAUGGUCAACUCAAGAGGGGAAAGCUCCUUCCAAACCUCAAGAUGAUAGAGGUAAAGGUAAAGUUGAGGAGGGAGGUAAAACCUUUAAUCCUAAAUCUUCUAAACCUUCAAGUUCUAUUCAAUGUCACAAAUGUCAUGGAAGGGGGCAUAUGAUGCAUGAAUGUCCAAGUAGAAGAAACAUCCUACUUAGAGAGAAUGGAGAAUAUGAGAGUGAAAAAAGUGAGGGGGAAGAAGAAGAGGGAGAAGGUGUAAGUGAGGAAGAUGAUUUGGAAUUGCCUAAUGAUGGUAUAAUUGGGGUGGUUAGGAGAAUUAUGACUAUCAAUUUGGGUAUUGUUGAUGAAGGGCAGAGAGAGAAUUUGUUUCAUACUAGGUGUGGGAUAAAAGGGAAGACUUAUUCUAUGAUUAUUGAUGGGGGGAGUUGUGCAAAUGUGAAUUUUGAAGAUGUUUUUCCUGAUGACACUCCAAAAGGGGAUUGCCACCUUUGA